UUCAUCUUCUUCUUCUUAAAAGAGUUUACUCUCAUCGCCCACUUCUUGUUGUGUAACGUUUUUUUUUUUGUUCUUUCUCCUGUUUUAAUUGAAGUUGGAAACAACAAAACAAACUUCAAACCUUAAACGAAAAAGAUUGGGCUAACAAGCGCAGACGGCCGCCAUUUAAAAGAAAAAAAAAAAAAAGAGAGACAUCAAAAGCGAAACACACCAAUCACCGCAACAAACCAUUGUGUGGGAGGAGUGUAGGACGGCCUGCAUGUGUGCGUGUGUGUGUGUGUGUGUGUGAGUGCGCUGUGUGGUGCUGGUGAUCAGCCAGUCGCACGUUAUUUACGUCCAUCAGUUUCCGCCCGACGCCUCGACCCUGCGGACGAAAACCUAUUAUGAAAAAGAGCGGACCCUGUUUGUAACUUGCCAUCUGAUCUAUUACUAUUAUUAUUAUUAUUAUUGUUUGUUUUUUUUUCUCGAGUUUGAACUUUGAACGUUGUUAACGGAUUCAUUUGACACCCGACCGUUUUUCGAAAAAUAGCUUUCUGCUUCGUGUGCGUCCGGCUUUCAUUUGAUGUGCGUCCGUGCCAGUGUCCAGCUGCGUGUAUUCGAACGCGUGAAUUAGGGAAUCAAAAGAAGAAGAAAGAGGAAUUUUAAAAGUCACAGUGAAACAUUUUUUUGAUUCGUGUGCUGUGAAUUAAAUUGUCGCAGUGAUGGAAUCAUCGACUAAAAUCAAAAGCACAACAGUCAUCAGAUCGGCGUCCACCUCGCCCACUGACUUGUCGCUGUGCAAUUCCAAACGCAAAUCGAGUUCGCAUCAGUCGUCCAGCAAUCACCACCACCACCACCACCACCACCACAACAACAACAACAACAACAACAAUAACAAACGAUUUCGAUUAUCGGAAGCUGCUGAAUCGGCCGCCGAAUCCGAACAGAGAGGCAGGUCUCUCAAAACAACUGGCCUUCCAGCUUCGUCUUCGGGCGCUAGUUCGCCCAGCCGGGCCAGCAUUGAGAGUAGUCACGCGGCUGCUAAAAUGCUGGGCAUGCCCGAUCAGAACACAGCCUCGAUGCUGGCCGCCAUGGCGUUCGUAACGCGAGCCCGAUCGAGUUUUAUGAUCGGAGACAUUCUCAAUUCGUCCAGAUGGACGGACCCGGCCUCGCAGCCUCAACAGCACGGCCAGCAGCACGGCCAGCAUCAUCAUCCAUUGCUGGGAGCUUACUCUCACCAUCAGGGGGCGUCUCAUCAAGCUGCAACGGCGGCUGCCCUGAUGGCUGCCUCGGCCGCCGCCCAUCAUCACGUGCCGCAACACCUCAAUCAGCUACCGCACGGGCUGCAUAACCUUCAUCAUCACCAUUUACUGCAGCAUCCGUCGAUGAUGGAGGCCGUCCACCACCACCACAGCGGCGGAGGCGGUGGCCAUCAUCAUAAUCUUCUUAGGCAAAGAGACACGCACAGCAAAUCCGAAGAGGAAGAGGACGCUGAUUCAGAGGUUGACGUCGAAUCGAAUGCCAGUUACAAUAGCCGUCAAACCAACAGUCUGACGAAUAAGGAGGACGGAAACGACGGGGAGACGGACGACGACGAAGAGGAGGAGCUGAGAAAUGCCGUCGGUGGUAGCGGCAAGGUUUCGGCAGGUGCGGAGGGGGCGGCCGGCAAGAGCGGAGGCGGCGGAACAGGAGGCCAUGGAGGAGCUGGAAAUUCCUCAUCGCGACCGGCCUCUUCCCAGCCGUCUCCGUCGUCCUGCGGCCGGAAGCAGCGCAAAGCCCGCACGGCCUUCACCGAUCAUCAGCUGCAGACGCUGGAGAAGAGUUUCGAGCGGCAAAAGUACCUCAGCGUUCAAGACCGGCUGGAACUGGCCGCCAAACUCAGCCUGACCGACACCCAAGUGAAAACUUGGUACCAAAAUCGCAGGACCAAGUGGAAAAGGCAGACGGCCGUCGGAUUGGAGCUUUUGGCCGAAGCGGGUAACUACGCGACGCUGCAACGUCUCUACGCCGGCUCGGCGGCGGCCGCAGCGGCCGCUGCAGCCGCGUCGUCGCCGUACGCUCCGUGGGGCUAUCCAGCCGGACCGCAUCUCAACGCCUUACCUACCAGUGCUUUGGAUAUGUAUUACCGACAAGCGGCGGCUGCUUUGAGUCAACGAGUGAGUCCAACGGCUCUGCAACAACAAGCGCCUAGGGGUGGGGCUUUUCCGUCGUCGGCGGGAGCCGGCACAGCGGGCGUGUUGUCUAUGCCGGGCAACAAUAGUCCCGGACAGCGAUCGUCCACCUCGUCAUCGCUGUUGAGUAAUUCGGCGGCAGUGGCCACCGCCAACAGCAAUCUCAGCCGGCCGUCCAGUGUUGAGAAAACCUAACGACAUUCUUAAAAAAUUAAAUGAAAAAAAUUGAAA